CGAAAUAGAAUCAGGCUUUGCCUACCCAACCCCAUCCCGCCCGUCGUGUCGAAUUGGGGAUCUCGCGUUCACGGCAAAGCCACUAACCCAACUCGAUCGAAACCUAGGGUUUCGCCGAAGCGGCCGCUCGCCGUCGCCCGCUCGCCGCCGCCGCCGCCAUGUACAACGGCAUCGGGCUGCAGACCGCGCGUGGGUCCGGCACGAAUGGGUACGUCCAGACCAACAAGUUCUUCAUCAGGCCCCGGACCGGCGGCCCCCCCAAGGCGCCGCUCCCGACCUACGGCGACGCCCCCGCCGGGGGCCUCGGCGGGAUGCGGAAGCCGAACAAGGAGAUCCUGGAGCACGACCGGAGGCGGCAGGUGGAGCUGCGGCUGGUCGUGCUGAGGGAGACGCUCGAGGAGCAGGGCUACACGGAGGGCGAGAUCGAGGAGCGCGUCGAGGAGGCGCGCAAGGAAGCGGAGAUGGAGGCGGCUGCUGCUGUGGUUGCCGCGGAGGCGGGAGGCCGUGGCAGCGGCGCGGGGCGACCACCGCACCAGGCCGAGGGGUUUACGGGCACACAGAGCCACCAUGUUGCUGCACGAAAGGAGAAGCAGCUUGAGACGCUGAGGGCUGCUCUUGGGCUGGAUGUUGAGGUUGGACAGAAGAAGAAUGGUGAUGUGGACAGUGACCCAGAGUCUGGGGAGCUUGUUCCUGGGAAGGAUUUUGAAGAGUUGGAUAUCGAUGUUCAGAAAGUCAGUAAGGCUUUAAAGGAUGGCAAAAAACAUGCAAAAAAGGGAAAGAAGGAAAAAGGUAAUGAUAAAAAGAGUCACAGCAGAAGUUCUAGGAAGAGCAAACAUGAUUAUGAUUCAGACGAUGAUUCUGAGACUGACUACGAUGAGGAAAAGGGAAAGAAAUACACGAAGAGAUCCUUUUUAGAUAGAAAUGUUGAUUUUGUGCCUGAUCAUAAGAAGGAAAAUCAUGGAAAGAGCACUCGUCAUGCUUCCGAGGCUGAAUCAGGUAGUGAUCAUGGCAAGAAAACAAAACACGCGAAAAGCAACCAUGAGGAGGGAAAGAAGGCACCUGGGAAGAGUUCCCGCCACGACUCUAAAGGUGAGAAGCCCAGAAGUAGCAAGCACAAGGAUGAUUCACACAGUGACUCGGAGAGUGAUGGCUCGUACAGUGAUUCAGGGAGCGACUAUAGUAAGAAUAAGAAAAGGCAAAAAUCCUUAAAGGGUUCCCUCCAUGAAUCUAAAGUUAAGCAUGGAAGUAAGGCUGUCAGGAAGGACAAGUAUUCAGAUGAAUCAGAGAGUGACUCGGACAGUGGCCAUGAUGAUAGAUCAAAACAUGCAAAGAAAAAGCCCCUGUUUAGUCGUGAGGAGGGAAAGAAGGCAGUCAAGGCACCCGUUAAGAGCUCUCGUCACGACUCUAAAGGUGAGAAGUCCAGAAGUAGCAAGCACAAGGAUGAUUCAUACAGUGGUACUGAGAGUGAUGGCUCGUACAGUGAUUCAGGGAGCGACUAUAAUCAGAAAAGGGGAAAACCCUCAAAGAGUAACCUCCGUGAAUCGAAAGAUGAUAAGUACGGAAGUAGGGCUGUUAGGAAGGAUAAGUAUUUGGAUGAAUCAGAUAGUGACUUGGACAGUGGCCAUGGUGAUAGAUCGAAACAUGCAAAGAAAAAAACCCUGAUUAAUGUUGUCAGGAAGGACCAGUCCCCUGAUAAGACGAAGGUUGACUCAAGGAAUGAUGACCAUAAAAAGAAAAAGCCCAUGAAGACAAAUCAACAUGAUAUUGAAGAUGAAAGGCCACACAGUAAGGUCCUUCGGAAGGACAAGUAUGGUGAAGAACCAGAGCCUGAGACUUACGUCAAGGAAAAGAGGAAUCCUGGAAACUCUUCUCACCACAAUUCUAAAGAUGAUAAGCAAGCACCAAGGAGUAAAGGGAAGGAAGCUGGCUUGGCUAAGAACGUUGAUAAGCGUAAGAGACAUGAUUCUGAUUCUGAUUCAGAUGGAUUGAAAAGACACCUGGACUCAACGGUAAAAAAGAUUGUGGAAGAAAAAAGAAGGGUGACUAGCUCAAGUGAGAGUUCAUUUUACAGCAGCAGCAGCAGCAGCAGCAGUGAAUCAGAUGCGAGUGCUGACAGCCGUGAGAAUAGGAAAUCUGACAGAGGAUUGAAGAAUAGUAAUAAUGACCUGAACUAUGGUAAAAGGGCUUCUUACAAGAAUGAGUCAGAGGAAAGGAAAAGGAGUCAAGAUGGGAGAAGAAAGGAUCUGGAGAAACAAAGGCAGGUUGAUGAAGAAAAAAUGGAGCAGGAGAAGCAAAAACAGAGGGGGGAAGAGAGGAAGGAGCUUGAGAAGCUAAAACAGAGGGAGGAAGAGAGGAAGGAGCUGGAGAAGCUAAAACAGAGGGAGGAAGAGAGGAAGGAGCUGGAGAAGCAAAAGCAGAGGGAAGAAGAGAGACUGAAAGAGAGAGAACACGAGAGAAGGAAAGGUGGGCAUGACGGGGAGAGGGACUACAAAAGAAAAGUGGGAGAAGAUAGGUAUGACCCAAAUUCAAAUGAACUCAGUGAUGAUGAAAACAGGGACCGGAGGAAGCAUGAAGAGUAUGGUCGACACAGAACUAGAGAUUCAGAUGGCCAUGAUUCAAAGAGGUCUAGAUAUGACGACUCUUAUCGCCACUCAAGGAGAGAUUAUGAACAACGCUAUUCUAGAGAUGAGUAUAGAGACAGGAGACACCGCUGAACGCAGAGCUAUCUGAAAUUGCAUUUUGGUCCUGUCAAGCAAAGGGUAGUGCUGGUGCAUCUUCUUGAGCAAGGAUAGUUAUUUUGGGCUCACAUUCAGGUUUCAAUGGCUUAGCCCAAAGUUUCGGUUGUCGUGGUUAAUUCUAGUCAUCUAGCAAAGAGCUUUUGCUGCAGUAGUGAAGUUUUGUUUGCUCAUGUUUGUAUGAACUUUCUUCGUUCUCUGUUGUCAGUCCAGCACGCAAUGUGAUGGUUAUAUUGUACCAAUGGGUGAUGUAUUAAACUAUGCUUACUAUUGCUGGAAAUCAACAUUACUAAAACUUUGUCGAGGCUUUAGCUUGCCUUGAUUCUCAUCUGAAAAGGUCGUUUCAAUUACUUCAA